CUUCCCCAGUGAAAUCCUCUCCAGUGGUGUCCCACCCUAGUUCUCCCUCUCCUACCAACCCUCUGGACCGUCAUGGAGACACCAGUCAGGAGGGCACAACAGUCAGACCUCUGUCUCUUCAGGACCACUCUAGUCCAAGGCCCCAGAGACCAGUCUCAGCCACCAGAAGCAUGACUCUUCCCAGGACCAGCUCAGCCACCAGAGGGUCAGAAGAGACCCAGGGGGCCAGAGGAGAACAGGUGGCACUGGUCAACAUGGAACUUCUUGGGUUGCCUAACAUUGGCAACACUUGCUUCCUUAACGCCACCCUGCAGUGCCUCCUGGUCCUGCCGUCCUUCUCAAAGGAAAUCCUGCACCAGGAACAACUCUGGAGCUCCUCCCCCUUCUCCAACCUGCUCAGGUGUCUGUUUGAUGUGCACCGUUCGGGUCUACCUGACAGUGUGGCAAACCAGGCCUCAAAAGCAGACCUCAUGUGGAAGGUCAAGUACUCCUUGUCGGGAUACGAUUUGAAGUAUCUGGGGGACACACAACAGGAUGCACAUGAGUUACUUGUCAAUAUGCUGUGCCAGCUGAAGGAGGAGGGCAUGAUUCUGAAGACACUCGGGAUGAACUAUACCUGCCCUGUUUCCCAGCUGGAGUUCCAACUUGUGUCGGUGCGCACAUGUACCAGCUGUGGGCGCGAGUCGUCUACCAGAGAGGACUACAACCACCUCUCAUUGUACUUCAGCCCUGAGCGCACCUUGCUGAGCAGCCUAGCACUCACUUUCAAAAGUGAAAAGGUUGAAUUCACAUGUGAGGGCUGUAAAGGCCUCCACGCCUCAAAGGUGGAGCAGUUCCACACACUGCCUCUUGUGCUGGUUCUGCAUCUGAAGAGGUUUGGAGGACCUGGGGGGUUGGAGAAGCUGGAGGCUCCUCUUUUGUUUCCUUCGGAGCUGAGGCUCUCCACCCUCUGUGGGGACAUGGUGCCACACCUGCACAGUGCCAGCCCACAGGCCCUCACCAACCAGGCCCCCAGCAUCCAGGGGUCCAUCCCCCAGACCCUCGCCAGCCAAGUCUCCAGCCCACCUGGAGAGGCCAAAGACAGCGCCCUCUGCUGUUCAGAAGCAGAAGCCAGUACAGUCAGUGAAUGGUUACUACCAGCUGACUGGCGUAGUCUCUCAUUUGGGAGGCUCUGCAAACUCCGGGCACUACAUUAGUGACAUAUUGCAUGCCAGUGGGAACUGGUUCUGCUGUAACGACAGCCAGGUGUCAAUGUCCAAUGAAGCCACUGUGCUGAGGACCAGAGCCCGGAGUGCCUACAUGCUCUUCUAUAUGUUCAGGUACUGCUUACUCUCACCAUCUAUAUUCUUGUGUUGCUAUUUAUGUGUACGGUUCCUUUCACCCUACAGGGCAAUAGAGCGGGAGGCCCCAGCACACAGGGCCUAACAGGCCCACCAGCAUCAGCCCCAGCCUAAACAGGGGCAGCACCUGGACCAGCCUCCAAACACUCAGACCUGUCUCAACAGGGGUAGUACCAGGCCCAGUCUCAAAACCCCCAGCCCAGCCUCAACAGGGGUAGUACCAGGCCCAGUCUCAAACCCCCAGCCCAGCCUCAACCCUCACACACCUGCCUCAAAAUGGGUAGCACUUGGCCCAACAUCAACAACCCCGAGCCCAGCCACAUCAGGGGCAGCACUGGGCCCAGCCUCAACAUGGGCAGAACAAGUCCCAGCCCCAACACCCUCAGACCUGCCUCAACAGGAAGAUUUAUCGUCUGGGAUUCAGGCCGGUCCUAACAGGAAACGUGACAAAGGGAAGCAGCUGUAAUGGAGCCUUCUAACACCCAAUCAGGGCUGGAGGAGGAAUGUCACAUAAAGAUUCAGAGAUGCUAUGAGUAUCUUUUGAAGUUACUCUCCAGUUGUAUUCCAUUUUAAUAAAUACAGACAUGAAAAUGCUGGGCUACGGAUGUGACCUUCGUUUAGUGAGUAGAAUAACGGGUCACCAAACAAGCUAUGGGAACUCCUUCCCUUUCACGUGAAAUGAUUGAGAUGCUUAAUAUCAACGAUGUUUACAAUGACGCCACACCCUUACUGUACCAUUGUGACCUGUCACUAUUAAAGGCUGUGUGACGUGA